AUGGGGUUGGUUGUCUCACCCUGUUAUAAUGCGUACUACUCUGCAUUUCGAGCUGAUCUGGAGUCUGAUGCCCAGGACCUGGAGGUGGAGUCAUGGAGUCUGGCUGUGGACCAGCAGUACCUGAAGAAAUACACCAAGGAGAUGGUCAAGAGACAGGACGUUAUCUAUGAGCUGAUGCAGACAGAGAUGCACCACGUGCGGACCCUGAAGAUCAUGCUGCGUGUGUACAUGAGGGAGCUGAAGGAGCAUCUCCAGAUGGACGAGCUGUUCCCGCGCCUAGAGAGCCUGCUGGAGCUGCACACAAACUUCCUGUCCCGCCUAAAAGAGCGGCGCCGAGACUCCACGCAGCCCGGCAGCGACAGGAACUACAACAUACAGAGACUCGCUGACAUCCUCACCACACAGUUUUCAGGUGAGAAAGGGGACCGGUUGAAGGAGAACUAUGGUGAUUUCUGCAGCCACCACACCGAGGCUUUCAACUACUACAAGGAGCAACUACACAACAACAAGAAGUUCCAGAACCUCAUACGGAAAGUCAAUAAUUUGUCCGUUGUGAGAAGAUUAGGGGUGACAGAGUGUAUUCUCCUGGUGACACAACGCAUCACCAAGUACCCUGUGCUGGUGGAACGCAURGUGCAGAAUACAGAAGUGGGUACGGAGGAACACGAGGAGUUGACCAGGUCUCUGGGUCUGAUUAAAGACUGCAUCGUCCAGGUGGAUGCCCUGGUCAACCUGCAUGAGAAGGCCUCGCGCCUCCGAGACAUCGCCCACAAGAUGGAGCCCAAGUCCCUCGGCAAGAUCAAAGAUGGCCGUGUGUUCCACAGAGAGGACCUGGCCCAGGGGCGACGCAGGCUGCUGCACGAGGGGACGGCCAACCACAAGGCCGCCUCCGGCAGACUCAAAGAUAUUGUGGCUGUGCUGCUGUCAGACGUGCUGCUGUUACUCCAAGAGAAGGACCAGAGAUAUGUUUUCUCCACAGUGAGGAGCGCAACUCCUGGAUGACACACAUCCGGCAGGCCGUGGAGAGUUGUCCACACACUGAGGAGAGACUCUUCAGUGAGCAGGAGGAGGCUCGAGCCGCCAGAUUCAACGAGUUCCAAGAGUGUCUGAGCCAGAAGGACGCCCAGAUCGUGACGUUUCUGACAGAGAAGCUGCAGCUGUUUUCAGACAUGUGUCUGGUGUCUGGUCACGAGGAUACGACCUUUCGCUCCCGCCUAAUGCUGCGAGGUGACGCCUCAGACCUCCACCAGGGGGAGACACUGCUCAAGGGGACCAUCACUGAUGUGGAGAGUCUUCAGAACCUGUUGCUGUCUGGUGUGAGAGAGCCAGCUUCACGUCUAGAGGAGGGUUCAGGGUCCGGGGCUCUGCCCAGGAGAGCAGACACCUUCGGGGGCUAUGACAGCAGGCCCAUCAUCCUCAACAAGAGCAUUGUGAAGAAGAAGAAGCACAGUGGAGGGGGCAUGGCCAGAGACGGGACCCAGAAAGGCUGCUCUGACCCCCAGCUUACGAAGAUCCAGGCUAGUCAGACCCUGGAGCAACCACAGGCUGAUGAUGAUGAUGAGGAGGAAGAGGCCUCUCCAGCCACCUGGAACCCCAUCUGGUCCAACACCUUCCCCGAGGCUGAGUUCUUUGACCGGGUGCUGAUGCUGUCCCAGAGACUCUACAGCCUGCAGGCCAUCAUCGCCAAGCAGGACAGCCACAUCGAGCUGCAACGCGCCUCCCUCACUGAGCGGGCCUCCUUCCCUGGGCGUCAUCGCGGCAACGUUCUCCUGGAGCAGGAGAAACAGAGGACGUUGGCCCUGCAGAGGGAGGAGCUGGCCAGCUUCCACAAGCUGCAGUCACAGCACCGUCAGGAGCAGGCUCGCUGGGAGAGGGAGCGMGAGCGCCACCGGCUGCAGGCCGAGGCCAUGGAGGGGAUGCUGAGGCAGAGGGAGGAGGACUGCAGGAGGCUGGAGGAGAAGCUGGCGGAAGAGAGGGAGGACCUGGAGAGACAGAGAGAGACGUACCAACAGGAUCUGGAGAGACUGAGGGAGUCGACCCGCACAGUGGAGAAGGAGAAGGAACGCCUGGAGCAGCAGAGGAAGAUCAAGAGGAAGACCAUUGAGGUGAUGCCCUUCUCUGGCAGUCUAAAUGGGGAUCUCCUGCUGGGRGUGGGCAGUAGCGGCAGCGUCGGAUCAGACCUCUCCGUCCCCCAGAAGGCCCUUGUUCGUUCCAGCCCUUCUGUGGCAGCCGCAGACUACCUGGAGCGUCCUGAGGUUCUGGCUCGGGGUCAGAGCGCCAACGCCACGGCGCUGCCGGUGAAGAAGGAGGUGCCUCUCCACCUGUGCAGCACCACCAACCAGCAGCACAAGCAGGUGGGUGUCCAGCAGCAGAUCCCCACCAAGCUGGCAGCCCUGAGCUCAAAGAAUUCGAAGAGUGCCAAGGCCACCCAUCGCACCGACAGCACAGAUUUCAUUGACCCUCCAGACAGCGGGGCCAGGAACCCAGCCCGCCGCGGCCAUUACAGAAAGGCCCUUCAGCCAGGCCUUCCAACCCCCUGGCAUCUAUCCAACACCAGCCCCAGGCUCCUAACCCCCUCCACACACCCAGAGCCCUAA